AUGACUCGCGGCAUCGAGCACAUCGAUACUAAUCCCGAAAUCAUCCAGGCGCGCGUCAACAUCCAUCAUCUUCAACUACGCGAUCUACUCCAGCAUACCGGCGUCAAAGAUAAGGUGCUCUUUGUCAGUCGUCUUCAAAUCGAGCAAGCCGACUUUACCACGCUCAAGCCGACUUCCACGUACUGCACGCUCGACUUCCAGCCCAACUGUCUUACUACCGGCUGUGGUCUUCUCGCGGCAGGUGGACAGCAUGGCGAGCUAGCACUGCGUCCGCUUCACUCGCCUUCUUCUACCGCUCCGCAAUUGCAUUCGGACCAGUCGUAUGCAGAAAGGCCGCCGGCGCCGUGGCUGUUGCGUACGCCUACCGGAGGCUCUAUCAACAACGCCAUCACCAUUCAGCCUGAUCUCCAUCAUGAUUCCAGUCGAUUGCAGUGCAGCUCCUCGCAAGCGUCUGCGUCUACGUCGACAAGUGCGUCGAAAGAUGUCGUCGAUGCAUCUUGCACACUCUCCUAUUCGCCUUGGGCCAGAGACGAGCCUUCUUCGUUCACAUUCUCCUCCACUUCCAACGUCGCCAGGCCGGGUCUGCUAUUUGGCGACGAAGAGAUGGAAGCCGAACUUUCCGAGAGCGUUUUUGAAGAGCUCGCUGCCGCAUACGGCUUUGAUGCCAAUACCGUCAAUCGUUCUUCUCGAUGGCGACGAUCAGCGCCGGCACAAUCUAGCAUCGGCGCUACCACUAGCGCCCCGAUCGCCGAUCACAUCGUGGCACCCAUCAAAGUCAUGGUUUCAAACAAUGACCAAUCCAUCAAGCUGUACAAGCUUCGGCCGCCGAAAUCCACGCCCGGUACAGGCGGACGCAUCGAAUCGGGUCUGCCUGGUCUCUCGCGCAGCACGACGCUGCAGUUUCCUACGGCGAUCAACCACUCGUCGCUCUCGCCCGAUCAGCGAACGCUCAUUGCGGUCGGCGAUACUCCCGAAGUGUUUAUCCAUUCGGUCUCUCGCUCAGGCGAACAUGUCAAAGUGGCCACGUACAAUGCUUCGAGCGAUGCGUGCUUUUCAACCACGUGGUCACCGGAUGGAUCCAAGUUUGCAGUGGCGAGUCAGGACGGUGUCGUUUCCGUCUGGGACGUUCGCAGUAGUCGGAGGCUGGCUGCUGUUAGCACGUGUCAGGCGAAUGCUGGUAGUGGAGCGGCUAGGGUGGCCAAGUUUUCGCCGUGCGGAAGAUUUCUGGCGUUUACUGAGCACAGAAACUUUUGGAAUGUGACGGAUACGAUUACGUUUUCCGAGACGCAGAGUGUGCCGGCACCGGUUGCGCCGAGGGAGUGUAGUGGCAGUGCGAGUACGGGUACGAGUGCGGAUGGAUGGGUCGAGAGGCGCUUGGUGGCGGACGAGAGGUUUCGACUGGUCACGGGAGGCGAUGAGGCGAUCACCAGGGAUCGCGAGAGGAGGACGAUGAUCCAUGCCACAUUUAUGCGCGAGUGGAACCGCGCCAUCAACCUGGUCGAUCGCAACUCGCACCCAACCUCGUCGCCCAGAAGCUCCACCUCGAUGCCCGACUGGCUCACCAACCCCACCUCAACCACCUCGACCACCUCGCGACGUCAUGACCUCCUCACCGCCGCCAUCAACCAUCCCUCCCCACCCCACAGACCCGACUCGCACUCGAUCAACAUCAGCGGCCUAUGCUGGGAUCCAGACGCAGAACACAUCUACAUAUCCACCGAACGCGUCAUCGCCAAAUACACCCUCAACGACACCCGCCUCCCCAGCGCUACCGCAACCCUCCUCUAA